UGCAGGCCUAGGUCUCGACAUUCCUCAGGCUCCUUCUCCAUCCUCAUGGCGGGCGCCCGGAGGCAGGGGCUGGAGAUGGUGGCGGUGUCUGCGCGUUCUCCGUCGCCGCCGCCGAGCUGUAGCAGUUCCACCAUGUCGCUGUUGUCUCCCCUGGGCCACCAGAGCUUCACGUUUGACAAGGAUGACAGUGACGAGAAGGAUGAGGAAGACGUGGAGGAAGCUUGUUUUGACUCCGAGGCAAAGGUGGCAAGUCUGAAAGGAAUGGAGUUACAGGGGUGCGCCAGUACUGAGUUUGAAGCAGAAGAUACCCAAGAAGAACAGAAACAGGUGCACUUACCAGAAAGCAGCUUGACACCAUGGGAAUUAUGGUUUGUUGGCAAAGAAAAAGAAGAACGUGAUCGUCUGCAACAGAAAUCUCUAGAGCAAUUAAAUCAACAACUAGAAAAAAGGAAAAAAAAGGAAGAACAUGAAAAAAGAAAAAUAAUUGCUGAAGAAAAGCACAAGGAAUGGGUUCAGAAAAAGAAUGAACAGAAAAGGAAAGAAAGAGAACAAAAAAUUAAUAAAGAAAUGGAAGAAAAGGCAGCAAAGGAACUAGAGAAAGAACAUUUGCAAGAAAAAGCAAAAGAAAAAUAUCAAGAAUGGCUAAAGAAAAAAAAUGCUGAAGAAUGUGAAAAAAAGAAGAAAGAAAAGGAAAAAGAAAAACAACGGCAAGCUGAAUUGCAAGAAAAAAAGGAAAUAGCAGAAAAGAAGUUUAAGGAAUGGUUGGAAAAUGCAAAAAACAAACCUCGUCCAACUGCAAAGACCUAUGGUUAUGCCAAUGGGAAACUUACAGGCUUUUACAGUGGAAAUUCCUAUCCAGAACCAGCCUUUUAUAAUCCAAUUCCAUGGAAGCCAAUUCAUAUGCCUCCUCCCAAAGAAGCUAAGGAUCUAUCAGAAAAGAAGAACAAAAGACCUGUGAUAAGUCAGCCACACAGGUCAUCACCUCUGGUCAUUCAUAAAGCCAGAAGCAAUCUUUGCCUUGGAACUCUGCACAGAAUACAAAGAUAA